AUGAAGUGUGAAAUAUGCCUGGAACAAGAUGCAAAGUACAAAUGCCCUACCUGUGGAAUUAGAUAUUGCUCUCUGAAAUGCUACAAAGAUCCCCAAAAGCACAAUCACACCAAUACCAACGGUAGCAUGGACUCAGAUGGAAAAAACGUAGAGCCUCGAAAGUUCGAAGGUGAUGAUUCUACUACACAAACUACAUCAGUUACUAAAGACGGUGAUUCCGAACUACGUACCCCGAAACUGAAUGAGAUAUAUCAUAAGUCGCCUGAGCUUCAACAUUUAUUAAAGUAUAACACCGUUAAAUUUCAUUUAGAUAAGGUUUACAAGAUACUUACGAGUAGUGUAACUGGUGGUGGUCAAGAUAAUAUUAAUAUGAGCAGUGACAUGCAAAGACAACUUGCAAUCGAUUACUUAAACACCUUGAGAUAUGGGGGUGUACAUUAUAACGAGGCAAUUGAAGAGUUUUGUCAGUUAUUUUUGCAAAUAUUAGAAGAACACUGA